ACAUAUACAUGCUUCCAUACCUAGUCCACAUUUUUGCCACUCUUACUUUUCAUCAUCGGUUUUAUCCAUGAACUUUUGCCGCUCGCCGCGCCUAUUUCAGCGCUCCUCCCUUGCAAGCCGUCACCGGGCGCGUUUUGGUCGACUUUACAGCAGUAGUCCGUCCGACUUGGAGUCGUGGAUCAGUAGUUUGACCAACAAGAAGCCAGAAAUCACUCAUGAUUUCAUCGAUGCGGAUCGCUGCAGUCAGCUUUUGCGGGUGCUUCCCACUCGCCAGCAAGGUGAUUACAUAGGCGAUGUCCCUGCAGGCAACCGUCUACCUCCUGCUCACCAUCUAAUCUUUUUCCGACCGAAGCCUAUGCUGCGAGAUCUCGGUCCUGAUGGAUCAUCAGUGGAAAUGAAUGCACCACCUCCCUUUACCAGACGAAUGUGGGCAGGAGGCUCCAUGGUCUGGUCCGAAACUAAUUCAUUACAAGUUGGCUCGCCGAUGACGCAAGCGCUCAGCAUACCUCGGGUGGAGCACAAAAAAGGAAUGGUAUUCGUCCAUCAGCAACGAGUUCUAUAUCCGGGCAUUCAGGAAACGGCCAGCACUGAUGGAUGGGCGUUAAAGGAAACGAGGAUCCAUGUUUUUCGACCGGCCCAACAGGCUGUUACUCCUGCCACCUCGGGUAUGUCCUCAUGGAGACAAGACGCUUUAUCACGCCAGACUCCAAUAAACUCCUAGCAAACCUCCGAUGCGAAGUAUUCAGAGGAACAACCGCUGACGAAUUGUCUGUUUGCGACAUUUAGGAGAUUCAUCCCUUGCUCACUCUUCCGACUCUCAUCUGAAUAGCCAUGCCGACAAAGAUGACGCCCCCUAUCAAUUCUAUUAUACUCCAACUUCCCCUUUACUUUUCCUUUACUCCGCGUUAACACAUAACCCUCAUAAGAUCCAUUACGAUCAGGAUUGGUCCGUAGCAAAAGAAGGGCAGAGAGGUCCCCUCGUCCAUGGCCCUUUAACUGCCACACUUCUUGUAGAAUUGGCAGGUCAGGUCGAAGGGAAGAAGCUCAAAGAAUUUAACUAUCGGGCUACCUCACCAAUGCUAUUGGAUGAGGAGAUCAGAAUGACUGGUCGGUGGUCAGAAGGCGGAGUGUUGACGUUGGAAGCAAAACAAGGGACCAAGGUGGGAAUGAAAGCCACAGCUAGUUUUGUAUGACCUUGCCAUGUAAUAUAUACCAACCCGUUGGGGGGGGAGGGACUUACGCCUCAGAUUAUAUCGAGCAGAAACAAUAAUCAAUUAGGAAGGAUUUGAUGUAUUUGAAAGUAUGAGGGUCGAAUUGUGUUGAAGACAAUUAGUUGUA